AUGCCCAGCAAAUUACUCUUCAAAGGCGACAAGCCAAAGAAGAAGAAGCGGACGCACAAGGAGACCGAGGAUGAUGGGGACGAUCUGGCAAUUAUGGCCGCUGGGGAUCCGCGGGGAUGGGUUUUCCCGGAGGACAUACUAGAGAUCAACGGUCCGAGCUACAUCAUCCUUCCUACCGAACCGCUCAGCUGUCUUGCAUGGCAUCCUGCUGCUCAAAAAGUAUACGCCGCACCAAUAGACCUCCCUCAAGCCCCAGAAGGUCAUGACGAGCUCUCCACCGCUGAGAUCCUGUCAACUCUGGAACCGACCGAUGUGAAUACCGUAUGGGUCGUCAGUCGCUUGAGCGGGAGCGAGGACGUCAUCAGUUUGCGGAGUAGCUCCGGGACCUUCCUCUCUGCCCCGCCAUCCGGCGUCUUAUCAGCCACAACCCCCUCUCGCGGCCCACUCGAAGCUUUCGUCCCUCUCCUCACUCCCGCUUCUUCCUCCUCCGGCUCCUCAUCCUCAUCAAGCGCCUUCCCGACUCUCCACCUAAAAACAAAUUCCCUCACGUUCCUCUCUUCCUCCUCGGCCGCCGGUCUCGGAUCGAAGGUCGAAUUGCGUGCCGACGCAGAUACAGCCGGUGCUCAAGAAGGAUUGAGGAUCAAGUGUCAGCGCGAGUUUGUGCUGCGGGCGAGGUUGGAGAAGGAGGAUGCGAAGGGCGGGGAUGGCGGAUCGGGGAAGGUUAGGCGGAUGUUGGAUGGGGGUGCGAAAGCUGGGAGUUUGGAAGAUGAGAUGAAUAGGAAUCGCGAUGCUCAGACAUGGGGAGCUGGCCGAGUUGUGGUCUCCAAAGGGGACCGGAAAGAGGUCAAGAAGGCUCGAGCGGAGGGUAGAUUGGCAGAAGCGAUGCUGGACCGGAGAGCAGCGAUGAAGAGUGAUCGAUAUGCCAAAUAG